AUGCGUGUUGUCGGUGGCGCAGCUGUAGCCUUUGGCUUCCUCUGUGCUGCGACUGCAUCUCUUCAUCCCCGUCGAUCUUACGAGACCCACGAUUUCUUCGCCCUUCAUCUCGACGAAUCCGUUUCUCCCGCCGACGUCGCUCAUCAGCUCGGCGCCCGCCACGAGGGCCCCAUAGGCGAACUCCCACACCACCAUACGUUUUCCAUCCCCAGAACGAACAGCGCCGAUCUAGAUACCUUGUUAGAAAAUGCGCGCGUGCGCCGAAAAUUGGCUCGGCGUGGCGGUGUCGACUUCGCCGGGUCUUCAGACGGCGACGAUGGCGGCUUGAGCGGUAUCUUGUGGUCCCAAAAGCUAGCCCCCAGAAAACGACUGCAGAAACGCAUCCCUCCGCCGAACAAUCAAAUACGCGAUCCCAUAGAUACCCAGCUGGAGAAUGCCGAUGCGGCCAACACGCAGAGGGAGGUCGCAUCGUCUCUGGGGAUUACCGAUCCCAUAUUCACCGGACAGUGGCAUCUCUACAAUACCGUCGAAGUCGGUCAUGACCUGAAUGUCACGGGGGUUUGGUUAGAUGGGAUCACCGGUAACGGGGUGACAACCGCGGUGGUAGACGAUGGACUGGAUAUGUACAGCAAUGAUCUGAAGCCAAAUUACUUCCCGGAGGGUUCCUACGACUUCAACGAGGGAGUUCCGGAGCCAAGACCUCGUCUCCGUGACGACAAGCAUGGCACCCGGUGUGCGGGAGAGAUUGCCGCAGCACGGAACGAUGUCUGCGGACUGGGUGUGGCCUAUGACAGUCGGAUUGCCGGAAUCCGCAUCUUGUCCGAGCCCAUCGACGACACCGACGAAGCGGCGGCGAUCAACUUUGGCUACCAGCAAAAUGACAUUUAUUCGUGCUCAUGGGGCCCUAUGGAUGAUGGCAAGACCAUGGAGGCACCCGGCAUUCUGAUAAAGCGCGCCAUGGUGAAUGGUGUCCAGAAAGGUCGCGGUGGGCGAGGCUCCAUCUUCGUCUUCGCUGCCGGAAACGGAGCGUCGUUCGAUGACAAUUGCAAUUUUGACGGAUAUACCAACAGUAUUUACAGUAUUACGGUUGGUGCCAUCGAUCGCGAAGGCAACCACCCCAGCUACUCCGAGUCGUGCUCCGCCCAGCUUGUAGUUGCCUACAGCAGUGGCGCGAAAGAUGCGAUUCACACCACAGAUGUCGGGACCGACAAGUGCUAUUCGUAUCACGGCGGUACCUCCGCAGCUGGUCCUCUUGCUGCGGGCACUGUCGCUCUCGCCCUCAGCGCGAGACCCGAACUCACUUGGCGUGAUGCGCAGUAUCUCAUGGUCGAGACGGCUGUCCCUGUGCAUGAGGACGAUGGCAGCUGGCAGAUCCUGAAGAGCGGGAGGAAGUUCAGCCAUGACUGGGGUUUUGGCAAGGUCGACGCUUACUCUCUGGUCCAGAAAGCGAAGACGUGGGAGCUGGUGAAACCGCAGGCCUGGUUCCACUCCCCUUGGCUGCGAGUGCUGCACAAAAUUCCGCAGGGUGAGCAAGGCCUGGCCAGCUCGUACGAGGUGACCGAGACGAUGAUGAAGGAUGCCAAUCUGGAACGGCUCGAACAUGUCACUGUGACCAUGAACGUCAAUCAUACGCGCCGCGGCGAUCUCAGCGUCGAGUUGCGCAGCCCUGACGGCGUGGUGAGCCACCUUAGCACGGCCAGACGGCCUGAUGAGGAGAAUACGGGUUAUGUCGAUUGGACGUUCAUGAGUGUUGCCCAUUGGGGCGAGUCCGGUGUCGGAAAGUGGACUGUGAUUGUGAAGGACACCAACGUCAACGACCAUGUGGGAGAGUUCAUCGAUUGGAGACUCAACCUGUGGGGUGAGGCUAUCGACGGCGCGAAACAGCCACUCCACCCGUUACCCAAUGAGCACGACGACGAUCACAACAUCGAGGACGCCAUUGUGGCCACUACGAGCGUUGCGCCGGCGCCUGUGAAGACCGAUCCUCCUGGAUCCCCUACGGAUGCCAUCAAUCGCCCGGUGAAGCCGAAGCCCAACCAAUCUGCACAGCCUACUACGCCUCCGGAAGCGCCAGCCGGGGAGACGGAAGCUCCAUCUCCUACCAAGCCUACCGGGUCGGGUGCUUCGGAAACCCCUUCGACCACCUCGUCGUCGGACAGCUUUUUGCCGUCGUUCUUCCCGACCUUUGGCGCUUCGAAACGAACCCAGGCCUGGAUAUAUGCCGCGAUUGGCUCCAUCAUUGUGUUCUGCAUCGCCCUCGGGGUAUACUUCCAGGUGGUGCGCCGGAGACGCAAGCGCAACGAUCCUCGCGACGAUUACGACUUUGAAAUGAUCGAGGAUGAGGACGAGUUGCAUGCGAUGACCGGGGUCUCUGGCCGUACCCACCGCCGGGGAGGCGAAUUGUAUAAUGCAUUUGCUGGGGAGAGCGACGAGGAGCCUCUGUUCAGCGAUGAGGAAGAGGAACCCUAUAACGAUCGGGAUAGUGGGGAUGGAAAAGGUCGGACGAGUUCGGAUCAGCACCGAUGA